AUGGAGCAAUCUGAGGUGGAUGCCGCUGCGGAUGUUGGUGGGGACGAGCCGCCACACCAGCAUUCAUUUGCAUACUCUGUGCCUGAAUAUUUGUAGCCUAAGGAUUGACAGGCUAGAGCACAUUGCUGCGGUGUCUGUGUGGAGGAUGAACCGUUUGAUUGGGACAGUAGACGGGUGUUAGAGUCAACAAAACAGCCCAGCACGGCGAAGCCGGAUGGCAGCGAUGUUGCAGAGCUGGCGCUUGUCGAAGACGAUGUUGUCAGGGCACCUGGCGAACUUGGCGAAGUAGAACUGGACGAACUUGAAGCCGACAGUUGGCUUGUCAUGGCUGAAGAAGCGCUGCUCGAAAUGAAUGACGACAAAACCUCUAAGGUUGAAAUUGAAGUGCUGGUGGCAGAUGUAGCUGAACCGGUGAUCGUCCCACUCGAGCUGCUAGGCACAGAGGAGAUCGUGGUCGAGGGAGUCGUCGUGUCAGAGCUGCUGACAUCCUGGCUUGUGCCAGUGGGAGAGAUCGAGGAUGCUGAACUGCUACUACCAGACAACAAGCUCGUCCAUGAGGCAGUACUGAAAGUCGAGGACACAGUAGCAGAGGACUCAGACAAGCUGCCUGUAGGCGAAGCAAGCGAAGUAGAGCCGACAGCGCUGUUCGCAUCGCUAGUCAAGGCAGGCGAAACCGACGGCAACAAUCUAGCCCCUAGAACGCCAUUGAAAACAGGAACUCCAAGAGUCGACUUCAAAUAG